AAACGAGGGAGGCGGGGCGCUCUAGGCGGCCGCGCCGCUCUCUAUGGUGUGAUGGGAGGAGCGGUGGGGCACGGCGGACGGCUCCGGCCCGGCGGUCUUGGCGCCUUCUGCGGGCACGAUGUCGCCUCCGAAAGAAAAUGUCAGCUUACUGUUCAAGUUGUACUGCCUCACAGUGAUGACCCUGGUUGCUGCAACAUACACAGUUGCAUUGCGGUACACAAGGACAGUGGAGACAGAACUGUACUUUUCGACGACGGCUGUGUGCAUCACUGAAGUUAUCAAGUUGUUCUUGAGUGUGGGCAUCUUGGCUAAAGAAACUGGAAGUCUAGCAAGGUUAAUAGCAUCUUUAAAAGAAAAUGUAUUCGGAAGUCCUACAGAAUUGCUGAAAUUAAGUGUUCCAUCUUUAGUGUAUGCUCUCCAAAACAAUAUGGCAUUUGUGGCUCUUAGCAACUUGGAUGCGGCAGUCUACCAGGUGACAUACCAGCUGAAGAUCCCUUGUACAGCUUUAUGUACAGUCCUAAUGCUAAACCGCACCCUUAGUAAGUUGCAGUGGUUCUCUGUUUUCAUGCUGUGCGGUGGUGUUACCCUUGUUCAGUGGAAGCCUGCUCAGGCUACGAAAGUACAGGUGGAGCAGAAUCCAUGGCUAGGGUUUGGAGCGAUUGCUGUUGCUGUAUUAUGUUCAGGAUUUGCAGGGGUUUAUUUUGAGAAGGUCUUAAAGAGUUCAGAUACCUCCUUGUGGGUGAGGAAUAUUCAGAUGUACUUAUCCGGGAUUGUGGUGACUUUAUUUGGUGUGUACAUGUCAGAUGGAGCCCUAGUUCUUGAGAAAGGGUUUUUCUAUGGCUAUACGUACUACGUCUGGUUUGUCAUCUUUCUCGCCAGUGUAGGUGGCCUCUACACUUCGGUUGUUGUUAAGUACACAGAUAACAUUAUGAAAGGCUUUUCUGCGGCAGCAGCCAUUCUUCUUUCUACUGUGGCAUCAGUCAUCCUCUUUGGCCUCCAGAUAACUGUUACCUUCUCCCUGGGUGCCGUCCUGGUGUGUAUUUCUAUUUACCUCUAUGGAUUACCUCGACAAGACACCACAAAAAUCCAGCCAUUGGACACCAAGAGCUCAAAAGAGAGACUUGCUACUGUGUGAUGUUGUCCACAGAAAUGGACAGACAGACAAGAGGAAAACCAGACUUUUUUUAAAAAAAAAAAACCUGCAUUUUUUUAAAAUUAGCCUUAAGCUAGUCAUGAAAUGGUUUAAGUGGGAUAGACUAAAAAAGAAGUUAGUUCUGGUUUACAUGUGAUGUUUCCAGUGGCUGACGCUGAGGCUAUGUUACGGCCGAGGAGCUGGACGGGUAUUUUAUUGAAGGUAUUCUUCAUUCACAUCGCACAAUGAAGAGUCCCAUUUACAAGGAAAGCAGAAUGAAGGAACUGAACACUCAAUUGUAUAUAAUGUAUAUAAUGGAGGGGAAUUGGUUCUUUGUGUGUUUGAUAAACUGUCUUGCCCUUUGAGGGCAGAAAUGCUCAAAAGCUUCAUAAAAAUGUAUUAAAAAGAGCAAUUGCUGCCAGCAUUUUCUCUUAAAUUACUUAGCAAUUGCAGUUUGAUUAAUGACAGGAAAAGGCUCUGUUCUAGGUGAUACAUGUGAGAUGAGCAGAGUACUUCUCCAGUGUUUUUAUGAUGAAUUAAUAGAAUUUUUUUCCCUCCCUGCAAUCAAGUCUCAUGUGUCCUGACCAGGAGUCACCAAGCUUCAAGCAUCACUUAUCUAGAAGUGAUUAGAAGCAGCACUUGCUCUUUAAAGUCAGAACAAAAGACUGGUGUUUCUCUUAAGCUGAUUUUCUUUCACUUUUCAAAUGUUUUUUUUUAUACCUGCUGUAGCUGGUAGAGGGAUCUUCUGUUCUCUUCUCUGUGUUUUGUUAAACCCCAGUUGUACGGGGGAAGGUUCAUAUGUUUUCUCAUAUCUCUCGCUUAAGUAUGAAUGAGUCAACUCAAAGUGUCAGACUAGAUUUUUAUCUGUACGUUUUAUCUCUAAAACUUUUUGUGCACAAAGAGUGAUGCUUGAAAAGAGUUCCUGUAAUGCG